UCUAUUCUCUAGAAAAAAAUUCAGAAAUGCUGCUGCGAGUAAACGUUGUCUCUGCUACUUUGCUAGUUUUGGUACUAGUGUUUGCUUCAUCUUACAGAGUUGUUGUCUUUGCUUCGAGUUCUUCUUUUUCGCUAACGCCUGAAACAAAGUGGCAAGUUGAAGAACAAGUUGAUGCUCUAUUGAAAUGGAAAUCAACCCUCGUUAACCAAACUCAUUUAUUCCUCCCUUCUUGGAAGAUAAAUUCUACUGCAAAUACAAGUAGUCCAUGCAAGUGGUAUGGAAUCACUUGUAACAAGGAGGGAGCAGGCGUCUCGAAAAUUAGUCUAACAGGUCUGGGAUUACAAGGUACACUCCAUACUUUCAACUUCUCAUCAUUCUCCAACUUUGUUAGUCUUAACAUGAGCUACAACAAACUCUUCGGAACCAUUCCGUCCCAAAUCAGUAAUCUUUCGAAGCUCACCGACCUUAUUUUUGUCUCGAAUAGUUUUUCUGGAGAUAUUCCAAUAGAAUUAGGCUCUCUCACAAGUCUAGAAUACUUAGACCUUUCUCAAAAUCAAAUUAGUGGAUCCAUCCCUCAUGAGAUUGGGAAAUUAUAUUUUCUCGUUGGUCUUGGGUUGUCGGAAAACAAUCUGACUGGUUCACUGCCUACUUCUAUCUGCAAUCUACCUAACUUGGCCUUUUUCUUAAUUUAUGAAAACCAAAUCUCGGGUGCCAUUCCUAAAGAUAUCGGAAGACUAAGUUCUCUUACCAUGUUAGUUUUGUCCGACAACAAUCUCAGUGGUUCCAUCCCCGCUUCCAUAACCAAUUUGACUAGUUUAAACUCUCUUUACCUAAAUGGUAACCAACUUUCUGGCAUCAUUCCUCAAGAUAUAGGAACCCUAAGCUCUCUUACAAGCUUAGACUUUUCCACAAACAAUUUUUUUGGUCCGAUACCUACUUCUAUAUGCAACUUGCCAAACCUCACUUAUUUAUCACUUUACGGAAAUCAACUUACCGGUGACAUACCUCAAGAUAUUGGCAAACUAAGGUCUUUAGAUAGCUUAUACAUGGACCAGAACAAACUCACUGGCUUAAUCCCUGCUUCUGUGGGUAAUUUGAGCAAUUUGACUGAUUUAUCUCUUUUUCAAAAUCAUUUAACCGGUUCGUUACCAAUAGGAAUCAACAAUCUAACGAGGUUGAGAAAGUUGUAUUUAAGUGAGAACAAGUUUUCAGGUUACUUGCCUCAAAAUGUAUGUCAAAGCGGAACUCUUGAAGAAUUUGAGGCAAGUAAUAACCAUUUUACGGGACCUAUACCAAGAAGCCUUAGAAAUUGCACCAGCCUUAGGCAUCUCGGGCUUGCACUUAAUAAACUGGUAGAUAAUCUGACAGAAGCGUUUCAUGUAUACCCGUAUCUAGAUUGGUUUGUUAUGCGUGACAAUAUGUUGUAUGGUGAACUCUCAAAAAACUGGGGAAGUUGUCAAAAUUUGAUACUCUUCUCUAUUCGAGGGAAUAACAUCACUGGUAAAAUACCGACUGAGAUGGGCAAGUUAAAAGCUUUAAGUGGACUGUCACUAGAUUCAAAUAACUUGGUAGGAGAAAUUCCUAUGGAGUUGAUGGAAUUGCCUUCAUUGAUCCAGUUAAAUUUGAGUAAUAACCAGCUUUCCGGUAGGUUGUCUUUUGGAACAGGAAUGUUAUCCAACUUGCAACAACUUGAUUUAUCAACAAAUAAGCUCACCGGAUCAAUACCCAGACAACUAGGGGAGUGUUCGAAUUUAUUGCACUUGGAUUUGAGCAGAAACUAUUUUAGUGGGAGCAUUCCAUUUCAAAUUGGAAACUUGAAUUCGUUAUCGAUCUUACUAGAUCUUAGUCAGAACGAGUUGAGUGGAAAUAUACCGCCAGAUCUCGGUAAAUUAAGCCAACUUGAAAAGUUGAAUUUAUCCCACAACAAGCUUUUCGGUUUAAUUCCAUCUUCAUUUAAUCAAAUGGUCAGCUUGACCAUUGUCGAUGUCUCUUACAACGAAUUGAGUGGCCCUAUUCCAGAUAUCAAAGCCUUUAAGGAUGCUCCUCUUGAUGCAUUGAGAGAAAACAAAGGGUUGUGUGGGAAUAACUCUAGAGGUUUAAGACCGUGUAGUGCCCCGGCUGUUACCGGGAGAAAAGAGGCCAAGCAUAAUAAUAAACUUGUGCUCAUAAUCCCACUUCCUUUGCUUGGUUCGUUGUUUUUCUUAUUCAUACUCUUUGCCAUUUGGUUCCGCCUUCGAAACAGAUCCGUAAGAAAUGUCGCAACUAUAAAUCAAGCUAGAGCUGCCUAUACUAGAAGAAAUUUAUUUUCGAUUUGGAAUUACAACGGGAAAAUAGUGUUUGAAGACAUAAUUGAAGCAACUAAGGAUUUUGAUAAUAAAUAUUGUGUUGGAACGGGAGGAUCUGGGAGCGUUUACAAAGCAACGUUGUCAACAGGUCAAGUUGUUGCGGUAAAGAAACUUCACUCGUCAAAUGAAAAUUCUGAGAUAUUUGAUCCCAAGUCAUUUGAAAGUGAAGUUCUUGCAUUAACAGAACUUAGACACCGGAAUAUUGUGAAACUUUUCGGUGUAUGUUUUAAUCUCGAAAGGAAUAUUUCAUUUUUUGUUUAUGAGUUCGUGGAAAGAGGAAGCUUGAAAAAUGUUUUACGCGACGGAGAACAAGCUAUGGAGUUUGAGUGGAUAAAGAGAGUGAGAUUCAUUAAGGGAACAGCUAACGCACUUGCUUACAUGCACCAUGAUUGCAUUCCAGCAAUAGUUCACAGGGACAUAUCUAGCAACAAUAUCUUGUUGGACUCUGAAUACGAUGCUCGAGUUUCAGAUUUUGGUACGGCGAGGAUUUUGAAGCUAGAUUCUUCAAAUUGGACCUCACUUGCAGGAACCUAUGGAUAUCUUGCUCCAGAGCUUGCAUAUACAAUGAAGGUGACCGAGAAAUGCGAUGUGUAUAGUUUUGGGGUGAUCAUAUUAGAAGUACUUAUGGGAAGGCAUCCAUUUGAAAUCAUCACAUUGCUCUCGCGAAUUUUUCUUUCAUCUUCGUCUUUGAGUAAGGAGGAGCAAAACACAAGGUUGGGAGACAUCUUGGACCAACGCAUCAGAGCACCAACAGAUAUUGUGGAGAAGCAAAUAGUGCACAUCAUGAAGGUUGGAUUUUCCUGCUUACGCGGUGAUCCAUGUACUCGGCCAACUAUGCAAGAAGUAACAGUAGAGCUAUCAUUGUCAGAUCGCAACAUAGCAAAUUUAGCAAAGCCAUUUGAAAUGAUUACAUUAGGAGACCUACUGCUAUCAUAAUAAUUUGUUCAACGAAGUCGUCUUAAUUUCAUUUCAUUAGUUUUCUCCAAA